GCAGAGUCUGUUUGGGUGUAAGAAUAUAGGAAGCGGAGCGAUCGCAAGGAGGAGGCCCGGAUAGGGAUCCACGGAAGCGAAGAGGGGUUAGCAAGUGGUUCGACACGGAGGCAGCUCUGCAAGUUCGGUCGAUGUUUGCGUUUCCUGUUUCGUCUCGAUCUGUAUGCUACGGCUGAAUGGAUGUGCGUCGUGUCAGGCUGCGUCUCGUGUGGAUCAUCCGGAGUUUGGGAUACUCGACUGCGGGAUUGUAGCGCAGGAGAGCGGGUCUUGGUGGCAAUCUGUCGGAGGGAUCUCUAUCGCGCUAUCUGAGGCAUUCAAGAGUUGACUUUGCAGGGAGUGUCGAAUGCGUGCGCAUCCCGCUGCCCGCAGAUGCGACCUAUCUAUUGUGACGCGAGUGGCGCAGGCGGCGUCGUACGGGGAUAAUCGGAAGGUGCAUUAAGAGCCCAACGCGGCCCCUGUUGUCUUUCCCGCACCAUCGGAGAGAGAAGCGUAGCGCUGGCUCCCGGGCCCGCGAAACGUGAACCAAGCGAUCUCUUGGUAGCGCUGAUGGAUUCGGAGCCUUUGAUUUGGUACGUAAGUGUAGGGUGAAUAUCGUGCACGUAUAAUCAACGAGCUUAUCGGCAUUUACCACUUCCGAGUCCAAGGCCGUCUGCGUCCUCCAUAUCAUCCGUAAGUCCGCCGCCGCCGCCCUAGCAUAGAGUGUGGUCGUGCGGACAGCUUCAUCCCCUUGAGCUCGUUCGCGUGUCAGCCAGGGGGCAGGAUCAGAGACCUUGUAUGCGGUAGAGAUCUCCGGGAACGCCUCUGUUCGCCCAAACCGUGCGCAUUGUUCGACGUGAUCGGUUGUUAGUGUGCAGUUCAUGCUUGAACUCGCCGUAGGGACCAGAAGACUUGGGAUGGGCUCGACUGUCCAGAUGCGCUAUGUUGCUCUUCGGACGUAUGAACGCGGCGGGCGAGAUCCAUUUACUCCCCGUAUCUGAUAGGAGUGCUGCAGCCGUCCAGCUCAGCUUUGCGCUUAGGCUGGGGAGAUGAUUGUUACAAAAACCAUAGAUAGCGCGACGAGAAGUGGGAUGGGAGUCGACAUGUUGGGCGGCAAAAUGGAGGCAUCGCACAUAUUGUUCUCUUUCCCUGCUCACCAGAUUACUGCGCUCGCAUGUGCCACACUCAUGUAUCCGGUUACAGUCGCGCUUGUUCAGCCUUGUUUUGUGGCGGGCUCAGGACGGUCCGGGAUAGCUCGGCAGACGCAUGAGUGGUUGACAGACCUCGGAGAUCGGUAUGCCACGCGCACAAUGGGUAAAGUCUCGCUCCUCUCCCUCAUCCACAUCCACAUCUCGAUAAGGCAGACGCGCGUAGUGAGGAGAAGCGCAAGAAAAUGGGAUGAAACCACUGCCCGAAGACAGUGCACAAGCCAGGGUUCGCAGCCAGGAUGCAUGGAGAGCAAGGCCAACGUUGGCGAGCGCGCAUGCAGAGCUCGAGCGUGGAGAUGAGGCCAGGCGAGAGAGGAAAUCUAACAAGAGCGGAGACGUGAGAGCAGCGAGCGGAGCAGACC